AUUUAUGCAAGUCAAGUGGAAAUACACAACCAUCAGUAAACGUCAUGCCAUUAACUGAAAUGCCUUACUCAUAAAAUGAACUACUAGUUAGGUUGAAGAAUCAUUCUUUCUUUUCCAUUAGUGAUUUGUGCAAUUCAAUGUUAUUAACAAUUUAUAAAUAAUGAGUGUAUUGUCAUUAUUGCCAAGAAUAUCAUGCAUUGUGAUUUUAAUCUGUGAGGCAGUUAUUGGUGAAAACUGGUACCAAUUUUCAAAACGAGAUGACUGGCGUAACCCCCAUCAUCAUCAUCAUCCAGAUAGACACCACGACGAAAGAUUUUUCUUUCCCGAUGAUGGAAUGCACUUCGAUGAUGAUCAGAGAAGAUACCAAUUCGAUAUGAAUCGUUAUGAAGGUUCAAUAUGGCACAAUAAUGACCGACCUGCAAAAACGAUCCAUGAUCACAAUGACUACAAUUAUUUUGACUUUCCACCUGCCACCACAGAGACUACUACAACUGUAGCUAGUGUAGCUGUACCGGGUAUGGGCACCAGAAGAUCAUCUUGUGAAGAUAGAUGUCCAGCUACGAUGCAGUAUGACCCCAUAUGUGGCGAUAAUGGAAUAACGUAUACCAAUAUGCAAUGGUUCAAGUGUGCACUAAGGUGUGGCAGAAGAGUCCAAAUGAGAUACCGAGGUUCCUGUCCGAGAACUGGAUGAGAAGGGUCACAAUGUUUGUCUGUACCUAGAGAUGUUUUCAAAUUAUUAACUCAUUUUUAUUUUCAUAUCUACUGAGUAUUUUCCCAAUAAACCAUCCUCACUACUUGUAUA